UUGCUUACGAAGUAACGAUAUGCAUGAGAGAGUUGCACCAGUUUAUCAGGAUGGUAAUUAUUAACAGCCAUAAGCUUUUCAAAUAGAGAGCACUUUUUAGCCUCCCACAGAGAGGAAUUGCUCGGUUCCUCUACUCUUAAGUCAGGCCACUACAAAGCUUGAAGGAAUAUUAUUGGACUUUUAUCCUGCCGAAAUACCAGUGUUUUCUUGUAACUUCAUGACUUUAGUGAUGAAAUGUUAAAUAUUUUACUAAGACAACGAGUAAACAGAAAGACUAGAGCUCAUUGGACAUGUCUGCUGUCGAGAGAAGAGGAGCUCAAGAGCCACACUGGAAAAACAGCCCUUCCAGAAAUAAGGAUUUCAAGCUUCCCUGGAGGCUUCUGACUCGGCCCAGGCCUCACGCCAGCAUGAGCACCUGGCUGCCUUGUGGCUCCUGCUCUGCACACCACGCUGACAGGAGUCCCAUCUAUGUGUCUUUUGUCAGCAAAGCCAUCUUGUGGGAUAGAGGACUCUGCCACUACACUGCCCAUGAUCAUCCAAAUCAUCGUCCCUUAAUGUGUCCACGGUUCUUGUCUCACAUGAAAGCUCGUCCUGAGGACCUCAGACCUCCUUGUUUCCUGAGCUCCAAGUCCAGGCCACAGCCUCCAUCUCAGGGGAAGACACUGAAAACGCACACUCUCACUGCCCCAAAGACUCAGACGUCAGAGGGUUACUUCUAUCUCAAUCCGGGCAGAAGAAGAAAUAGUGUGCAGAUUGCAGGAAGGCAUUCUGUUGCUGCUGUUCCCUGUCCUCCCUUCCCUGCCACUCCACCAUCAUCCACCGUUAAUCCAACGCCUGCCUACCAAAACACCCCUCAGCCUGACUGUGACAGACGACAAAGCAAGCCAAACACUGUGCCAGCACCUCUCUCCUACCCUAAUCCUGCUCCAGAGCAAAAAGAUGAAGGUCAGGACAGGGAGAGAGUGAAACAACCUGCUGUGGUGUCCGUCACAGAGUUGGACUGGGAGAUGCAUCUUGGGCCUGCUGGACCAGAACGCUCGCCGCCACCAGCCUACACGAUCUCACACGGGUCUCUCUCAGAUUUAAGUCGCCCACCGUCCAGUCUGUUCAGCCGCAGCACUGACCUCGCCAGCGGCAGGAGCAGCUUCCUGUCUGGUGCAGAAAUGAGGGACUCUGACCCAGAAGGCAUCAAUUGUUUCACCUCGCUCAAGCCUUCUCCAGUGAUGAAGUCAGCUAUUGCUUCUUACCCUCCGGCUCGAUCUAACCCUCGCCAAUUAUCCAUCAAUGCUACGGCCACCCCUCCACUACCGCUAUUUGGCCAAACCAAGCCCCUCUCACCUUGUCCUAGGUCAAUUAUCCUUCCUAAGUCAGAUGAACCUUUGAGCAGGCGUGAAAGCACAAAAACACCUGAGAAUCUCCACCAAGAUGCAUCUAUAGAUCCUGAUCUUCACCCAUCCAUGGACUCUGAUCAUGGCCUCAUUACCCUUGCUUUCCCCUCCGCUACUUGGUCUUCCUGCCCGAGUCCACAGAUGACCCCUCCCCGCUCAGGGUCAGAACCAAAGCUGACCCCUUCUGCAUCGGUGACUAGGCUUGAGUCUCAACGCUGGUCGGUCCUGCCUCCUAUCUCACCUGUCAGAGGACGCUGUGGCUCAGCAGCAUCACGCUACUCAGAGCUCAGCUGCAGUCGCUCUCAUGUGUUUGAUGAACUGGAGGCCAUUGCUCCAAGAUCCAUGUCUUGUACGUCUCUGGACCAGCCAUCGGACUCAUCCGGUCGCCCUUCACCCAACACAGAGCUGUCUCCUGGCCUGGCAGCGUUGACGGUGGGCUGUGACUCCGGGAAUCUGGGCUCCCUGUCCCGGGUCCAGCUGCUCCUCCUGGACCGACCGGCGCCCAAGGCCCUGCUGAGUCCCUUCAGUCAGGAGGAGGAGCUCUCACCGGUGGAGGAAUGGUCCGUUCUCAGGAUGCCGUAUGAUCCAGAAUUGACUUCAGCAGGUGUUUCGAGGCCCCUCACAGCUGGCAGCAUCUCCGAAAGGUGUGACUCCGCAGGGAAAGUCCAGGAAAACAAAUCGGAUCAGUCUGAGGGAGGUUCUGGGUCACCAUCUUCAUGGAUCAUAGACCUGAGUCCAUCAUGCAACAUGUUUAGAUCCACCAAUUCUCCCUGCGAGUCCAAUCACGAUAAUGGAGGCCCCACAGAGGAGGAGGCUAUUUAUCCAGGAUGGAGGGAAGUUGAGUCCUCGCCUGGAGGAAGGAGGCCCAGGAGUCUUGACCACAAACUUGAAGAGAAGGACAGAAGGAUGGAGGAGAGGAAAACAAAGGUGCUGAACAUACUUUCCAAACUGCAGGAUAUCACACCUCGUCGGCCAAAAAGCAGCAAAGGGCACUCCAACUUUGAGGACUUCGACUUUUUGGCAAAGUUUUGCAUUUUCAGUCAGGAGAAGCUGGCUGAGUACAAAAGAGCUUUUGAAACAGAGGACGAUGAUGGUGACGGCUACAUCUCCUGCCUUCAAGUUCUACUUGCUCUUAAAAACAUCAUUCCUCCAGAGCUGCUGUCUGACGAAGAAGAGAUUUACGUGUACAGGAUCCUGGAGAUGGUGGACUUCAGAGUGACAGAUGGGCUUGUGGAUCUGAGGCUCUUUGCGGUGAUUGCUAGUCUGGCAGAGAAAAUAGCCACCAUGGAUGAGUUUAUGCGAUCACUCAUCACCAACAUGGACUUUCGCUCGUUAGAAGUGCGGCUCUUCAAAGCAAAGCAACUGUUCCUGUUCCUCAUGGAAGAGCAGCGAGGAGACGCCGGAGCUCAGCAGGGCUUCAUCAGUGCAGAGCAACUGCUGUUGGAGCUGAAGGCUGGGGGAAUCCAUCUGGAGCAGGAGGCGGCCAUCAGACUGGAGCUGCAGCACAUUCCCCCCCUGGACCUGCUGGACUUCCUGGCCUACCUGCCCCUCUUCAUACUCAUUCACAAGUCGGUCAUCUCCAACCCUCUUGAUGACUCCAGCCACCUCUAACCACAGUCACUGCACCUUCUUCCCUCUGUGGCUUAGGUAUCAGCAUCACUGCCACCGCGAUUAUCUGGACUGUAGUCUUGUGUGAAAAGAUGACACGCAGGAAACAGAGACGCUUAAAUGUAAGGGAGCAAAUUAGGCACUGUAGUCAUUUCUCAUCCUAUAAGGAAAGUUAACAAUUAUGAUCUUUAAGGCCAGGUCCCACCAGAAUUUAAAGUAGUGAAAUUUCGUCUAAUGUUUUAAUCCAUUCCAACAGGAUCGCCAUGAUCAGCGCUGCUUUCCUUUUGAAUUGUUUAAACCGUAAUUACGAGCAGCAGAAGAGAAAACCAAUCACAUCUGCCUCUUCUAGUCGGAGAUUUAGGGAUUGGAAAAAUGUCUGCAAACACACCACUGGCAGUAAAAUAAAAUUAAAGGCAGAAUGAGUAGGAUUUUUUGGUUCCGUUUUUUUAAGCAUAACAUUCAAAGUUGGCCCCCUUCUCCUGGCUGAAUGAAGGCCAACCCCAGAUUCACUCUCGUUUUGGAACAAGGUUUGUCCACUUUGAGUUUUAUCUCUUGCUUUAUUUGCGUUUUUUAAUGCUGUGUCCACCGUUUUCGUCUCAUCCUUUUGCAUGCAUGCUUACGAUCUGGCUCCUGGUUGCUACUUUUUUUAUAGAGGUUGAUGCCCAGAAAUGUCCCUCACACAACAAAAUAAGACGCAAAGAGAAAAUUCAAGCAGAGGGAAGAGAGUCUGUACAAA